AUGGUGAUUGAUGCACUGACGGAGGCAUCGAAGUCAAUCGAUACACUAGAGGCCUUAAUUGAUCAUGAUAUUGAACAUAACUGUGCAAAAGUCUCAAAUAGUAAUUCGAGAGACCUUGUGAGAGUGAAGCGUUCAAUUGACAUGCUCAGGAUAAUAUUCGUGCAAAUUCUGAUCCAGAGGGGAAAUUCCAUAAUUGGUCCAGUUUCCAUAGCAUAUGAGCAGGUUUUUGCUCCAUACCAUGGCUGGACUAUUAAGACUGCUGUCUCUACUGCAUUAUAUACCCUUCCUUCACUUGCACGAGUCUUGAAGAAACUAAAUGAAAGUGAGGACUCAGCAAUGGUUCAGAUGCAAAACUAUGUAACGGCAUCAGCUCCUGUCAUACAAUAUAUUGAGAACUUAUUUCACUCAAGGGAAUCAGGUGACGUGGUGCUAGGAUUGGUAUAAUCAGCUAUUAAUCUCCUUUAAGUUCGUAAUAUGACCUGAUGUUGGAGAACUUUAACUCAAGGUAAUGCAUGUAAUAACCUCAUGAUAUGCAAGGUUAAACUGUUCUUAUCAUGUUCCCUUUAAUUUGUAGAACUUGACCAUAAAAUGAACCACUUAAACUUAUGGUAAGGCUUCUUUUAGA